AUGGAGGAAGCUAAUCCACUGGUGAGGCCAGAGCAAGAGGACAAUGAUAGUGAUAGCUCACCUCAAGGAAGAAAGAAAGGUUGCAGUUCUCUCUGAGGUAAUUUUGGCAACAGGACCCAUUGCUAUUAAAAUGGUGGAUAUGAGCUUAAGCCUUCACACCUCCAUAAAGAUGAUGGAAACAUGGAGAUGAGGGGAGUUCAGAAGUACCAAGCAAGGCACACUCCCUAUACCAUGGGACAUGACAAGAUGAGAGUGCAAUGGCAUAAUGAAGGCCAUCUUCAUGUUACUCUGUGGAGUGAUAGAAAACCUCCCCAGAGACAAAUGGAGAAGAACACACAGGAUGGAACCCUGGGAGACUGGUUCAAGAUCACAGUCCCUUAUGGGGUAAAGUAUGACAAGACAUGGCUAAUGAAUUCAAUCCAGAGCCACUGCAGUGUCUCCUUCACUCCAGUGGACUUUCACUAUGUUAAACACCUGGCCCAGUUCUUUGUCCAGGACGCCAGUGCUGCCUCUGCAUUGAAGGAUGUCAGCUACAAGAUAUGUGAUGAGCAGAACCAAAAGAUAGCUAUCUUUGUCAAAACUUCUGCUGCACCCUACUCUGUGUGCAAAAAGAUGGAGCCAGAAGAAAUGGAAAUGCUAAAGCUGACCAUAAGCAAACGAUAUGAUGUCUCCCAGAAAGCUCUUGACCUUCAUAAGCUUCGCUUUGACCCAGACUUACUGGGCCAUGAUAUUAUUAUAAUCCUGAAUCACAAAAACUGCAUGACUGCCAUCCUGCAGAUCAUCGAAAAGAAUUUCCCUGAGCUGUUGUCCUUGAACUUGUGCAAGAACAAACUGUACCAGCUGGAUGGCCUGUCUGAUAUUAUACAGAUGGCCCCCACAGUCAAGAUCCUGAACCUCUCCAAAAAUGAGCUGAAAUCCACCUGGGAGUUGGACAAGAUAAAAGGGCUGAAUCUUGAAGAGCUGUGGCUGGAAGGGAACCCCUUGUGCUGCACCUUCCUAGACCAGUCCACUUAUGUAAGUGCCAUCAGGAAAUGUUUCCCCAAGUUGUUACGUUUGGAUGGCCAGGAUUUACCCCCAUCAACUGUGACUGACAUUGUAGAUAUGGACAUAAUAAAACCCUGUCAGGAAAGCUAUAAAGGAUCUGAGACCCUGAAGAAUCUAGUCUUUCAAUUCCUGCUUCAAUAUUACUUGAUUUAUGAUUCUGAAGACAGACGGAAUCUCCUCAGCGCUUACCAUGAGGAGGCUUGCUUCUCCCUGACUGUUCUCUUCAACUCUGAAGAACCAGCCUCAAGCAGCUUGUGCGAGUACUUCAAGGAUAAUAGAAAUAUGAAGAAAGUCAAGGAUCCUGACCUUCGGGUUCAGCUACUGAAGCAUACAAAGCAUGAUGUUGUGUGCUCCCUCUGUCGUUUGCCCAAAACUCAGCACGAACUUAACUCCUAUGUGGUAGACCUGUACAUCCACACGGAAAGGAUGCUGUGCUUCUCUGUUAGAGGGGUGUUCAAAGAAUUGGAAGGAAAGUCUCAAGGGUCUGUCCAUGCCUUCACCCGUACCUUCAUCUUGUCUUCUGGCAGCAAUUCCAGCCUAUGCAUCGUGAAUGAUAUAUUGACUGUGGGGAACGCCAGGACAAAAGAAACCCAGAGUGCAUUCUCCACUCCAGUGCCUACACCCACCUUCAGCUCCCUGCCCACCAUCUCUGCAGAGCAGCAAUAAAUGGUGCAGGUUUUCUCUACUGAGUCUGCGAUAAGCCUCCAGUAGUUUCAGAAGUGCCUUCAGGACAAUGAGUGGAACCACAGCAGAGCUGCUGGGGUCUUCACUAUGCUCAAGACCGAGGGCAAGAGCCAAGAGGAGGCCUUCAAACAAACCCCUUAA